AUGAAAAUCCUCAAUCCAGUGUUACCGCUGGUUGCAGGUGCCCUCUCGCUCUUCACAGUCGGCGUACAAGCCCGGUCGCAGGCGCCACAUGCUAUCCGACAUGUUUCAACACUCGAUCGGCCAACGAUCCAAGGCCCCUCGAAGACAGACCGUAUAGAUCACCUCUCACAUUUCGAUAUCACCUUCAGUAUAGGUGACAGAGACCAACGAAUAAAACUCGAGCUCGAACCAAACCAUGACAUUAUAGCCGAGGAUGCAUUUGUACAAUACCUGGGUGCCGACGGCAUGGUUCACACCGAAGAGCCUAUUACACGUCACCAACACAAGGUCUUCAAGGGAAGAACUUUGAUCGGAAGGGGGACAGGGAGAGGCAUGUGGGAUCCAGUAGGAUGGGCGAGAAUAUAUAUCACGAGGGACGGUCCCGAGCCGCUCUUUGAGGGAGUCUUUAACAUCCACGGUGAUAGUCACCAUGUCGAACUGCAAUCGACGUACCUACGAGAUAAACGCCCCCAGGAUGUCGACAUUCGCAGACAAGAGGAGGAUUAUAUGGUAUUUUACCGUGACUCCGAUUUGCUGAGGUCGGCCGACACCUCUCAUACAGACCUGAAGCGAGAUUUAUCUUCGAACCAUUCUAUCUCGGACUCGUCGUGUCAGGCCGACCAGCUGGGUUUCAACAGCAACCCUGACCAUCCCGUCCUCCAAACUUUUACCCGGCAAGAAACGAACAGAUGGGCAUCUAUGCCAAUCAACUCGCUCUUUGGGCUCGGCGUGAGCAAACGAUCCGACGACAUUGGGACAGUGUCUGGAAACGGAGGCGGGGGAGUUAACCUACAAUCUACGAUCGGCGAUACCAGCGGUUGCCCGAGUACAAAACAAGUCGCGCUUAUUGGUGUCGCAACGGAUUGUGCCCUCUGGGAGAAGUUCAACGGCACCCAGGCUGUUCAACGGUCGGUCAUCAGUAUGGUCAACAGCGCAUCAAAUGUCUUCGAGAAUGCGUUCAACAUCUCCAUCGGCCUCCGGAACAUCACAGUUACGGACAGGGAUUGCACCGAGAGCGCAUCUACUGCUGCGCAAUGGAAUAUGCCAUGCACGCAAGGAAACAUCACACAGCGGCUAGAUCUCUUUUCACAAUGGCGCGGUCAACAAUCAGAUGACAACGCCUAUUGGACUUUGAUGACAGAUUGCCCAACUGGGUCGGAGGUUGGACUGGCAUGGCUGGGACAGCUCUGCAAUACCGCUGUCGCAAGUGACGAGGGCAGUUAUGUCAGUGGGACUAACGUCGUCGUUGCGACAGGAGGUGCAGCAUGGCAGAUAUUUGCUCACGAGUCUGGCCACACGUUCGGAGCAAUUCACGAUUGCACAGCCGAGGCAUGCCAACAAAAUCUACAAGCCUCGUCGCAAUGCUGUCCCUACAGCUCAAGCAGCUGCGACGCCGGCGGGGAUUACAUGAUGAAUCCGAGUACCGCUUCUGAUAUUACUCAGUUUUCACAAUGCUCGAUUGGUAAUAUCUGUGCUGCCCUUGGGCGAAACAGCGUCAAAUCGACAUGUCUAUCCGCGAACCGAGACAUUGAAACCUUCACCGGCGCCCAAUGCGGAAAUGGUAUUGUCGAGUCAGGCGAGGACUGCGAUUGCGGCGGAGAAGAGGGCUGUGGGGAUAACUCAUGCUGCAAUCCGAGUACAUGCAAGUUUACAACAGGAUCUGAAUGUGACGAUGCCAAUGAUAGCUGCUGCAACUCCUGCAAGCUCGCCGCGGCGGGCACUGUCUGCCGCCCUAGCACGGGUGAAUGCGAUCUACAAGAGACGUGUAGCGGAAACUCGAGCAGUUGCCCUUCGGAUUCUUUCAAGAAGGAUGGAGACAGCUGCGGCAGAAGUGGCUCCGGCCUAGCCUGCGCCAGUGGUCAGUGUACAAGCCGUGACGCCCAGUGCGAAAGCAUGAUGGGCUCGCUGGCGGGCACGAACAACACGCGUGCGUGCGAUGGACCUUGGAACUCGUGUCAACUGUAUUGCGAGGAUUCUUCUGCGAGUAGCCUAAUGACUCAGAGGUGCUUCACCAACCAGCAAAACUUCCUCGAUGGCACACCGUGCGGUAACAGCGGACGCUGCAGCAAUGGCCGCUGCAAAGGUGAAGAAAGCUGGAUCGAAGCACACAAGAACAUCAUCAUUCCGGUUGCCGCCGGCGUUGGCGGAUUGAUCAUCCUGGCGAUCUUGAUCUGCAUCUUCAGACGCUGCCGCCGUUCCCGCUACACCAUGAAGCCCGUGCCUCCAGUCGCAUACGGCCAGUACAACAGACAAAUGCCACCUCCCCAACCUCAACAAACGCCGAUCAGGCGACUAUCGCGCGCCUUCCGACCAGGCCAAGGCCCACCACCGCCGAUGCAAACCGCCUACCCCGGUCCAUAUCACGCCCCCUACCCGGCGCCUCAGCAGCAAGGUCUCUACGACGGCCCCCCUCCGCAAGGGCCUUACACUGGCCAGUCUCAAUACCCCGUGUACCCUGCUGAGCGGAGAUACGAUGACGGUCCGCCUCCAGGCUAUAUGCAGACGAUGCGAUAUGCAUGA